AUGGCGACAAGCCGUCUCCCUCUGCUACCCUUCCCUCGUCAAAUCCUCCGGCUCCGCCGUCUCCCUCUGCUACCCUUCCCUCCCCCACACCUCCGAUUAUGUUUCCCAGAUCUUCACCCUCGGAUCUUCACCCCAGAUCUCACCCUCACCUCCGAUUCCGCGAAUCGGGUACAGGAGAAACAUUCAAGGGCAGGGCAGGAAGAGCGUCUCUUCAUCAACCUCGACUUCUUCUUCUUCAAGGUCGUCUUCGAGAAAGAAGAGCCUUUCCGGGUGGUUGGCGGUGGUGAAAUCAUCGUUCGAUCCACAGACGGAUUUCAGGGAGUCGAUGGUGGAGAUGAUCGUGGAGAACAAGCUCAGCGCCUCCAAAGAUUUGGAAGACUUAUCGGGGAUGCAGAGGGCUGGAGGCGGCUGGGGAUUUGCGGGAUGGGGGCUGCUAGGGUUGGGGAUGGGGUGUUUUAUUUUGGCUUGUCGGUUAGCGUCGGAAGGAUCGAUGGAGCUAUUGAUGGGAUUUGCGACGUUCUAAAUGGUGUUAGGAUCGUGGGUUUGGCCUUCAAACGGCAUAAUCUCGUGCUGGAAAUACAGCUCCUUCCAGACUUACAAAAUGCCAGCAUUCGACAACCUAGAGCUAAGAUUCUCGAGCAAGAUGAACAAACCAUGCCUGCGGUGGCUUUAGUCAGUGCUCCGACUCUUCUUCGGAUGCCUGAUGUGCUUCAUCACGGUGGCUCUCCCAUUCCUGCCAAGCUUUGCCGGACUGGUAGGAGGGAUCGUCCUGCCGAUCACCUUGGCAUAUCCAUGUUUCAUGUGGAUUUUGAUGAUACAGUGGGAGCUGAUGGCUGA